CACCAUCACAUAGAGAGGGAUAGAGAGAGGGAGGGGAAGGAAAAGGAGAGUAAGAGAGAGAGAGGCAGCACCCAUGAGAGGGAAACAAGAGUCAGCCGCGCGCGGAGGACAGAGAGGAGAAAAAAAGCAUCAGACAAACGAACAAAGAAAAACAUGGGUGUACCGGAAAAUUGUCUGUUAAAACAGGCACCUGUACCGGAGAGGAUGCUUUGGUCGUCCUGCACAUAGUAGGGGGUGAGUAACGGACUUCCCCCCCGGUUUUAAUGUGGCGGGUGGGGACGCACAAGCUAAAAAGGCGGAAAGCUCUGUAAUCCGUCUGCGGAUCCUGCCUACUUGCAAUGGCUGUGGCUGCGCGAUGCUGUUACAGCAUAAAGGAAUAUGUGCCUUUUUAUUUUUGUUUAGUGAUUUUUGUACUCAGUGGCCUUACAAAUGCACAAAUACGUUACACCAUUCCCGAGGAGCUGGAGAACGGGGCUGUGGUCGGUGACAUUGUUCGGGAUUUGGGUUUGGACCUGCAAAAGCUCUCUGCCCGUCGCAUCAGAAUCACCUCGGACAGUGCACGGAGAUAUUUCAACAUAAAUCAUAAAACAGGAAAGCUAUCGGUGAGUGACCGCAUAGACCGCGAGACGCUCUGUGAAUUCAGUGGCACCUGUUUCCUCAAUCUCGAGGUGGUUGUUGAGAACCCGCUCGAGGCGCACAACGUGGAGGUGGAGAUUUUGGAUGCCAAUGAUAAUGUGCCACAGUUCCCCCGGGAUGAAUACCAGCUGGAGAUAUCAGAGUCCGCGGUCACUGGGUCCCGGUUCCCCAUUGAGGGCGCGCAGGAUGCGGACGACGGCUCCAACUCAGUUCGGCUCUACAGACUCAGCCCAAACGAACACCUCGCGCUGGAUUCCAAUAAGCCCACGGCCAAUAGCAAGCACAUUGAGCUCGUUCUCAAAAAGCCUUUUGACCGUGAGCAGACGCCGUCUCAUCAGUUAAUAUUGACAGCUGUGGACGGAGGCACCCCUCCGCGCACUGGCACUGCUAAAAUCAAUGUGCUUGUCCAGGAUUCCAACGACAACGUUCCCAAGUUCGACAGCUCUGUAUAUAAAGUGAAACUGUCGGAGAACUCGCCCAAAGGCGCCCUGGUGAUAAAGCUAAAUGCAACAGAUCCAGAUGAGGGCUCAAAUGCGGAAGUUUCCUAUUCUUUUAGUAGCUACACCCCAGAGAGGGUUAGACAUAUUUUCUCAAUGGACACAGAUACAGGAGAAAUUCGUGUGAAGAACAACAUUGAUUUUGAAGAGACCAACUCCUAUGAAAUGUACAUACAGGCUAUGGACAGGGGCCCAUCUCCAGUGGCAGUUCCCUGUAAAGUAGUGGUGGAAGUCCUAGACGUGAAUGACAACAUCCCUGAGAUUGUUCUGUCGUCCCUCUCAAGUCCAGUCCGAGAGGACGCACGGGCCGAUACCGUGGUUGCACUUAUCAGCGUCAACGACCGCGACUCCGGCCAGAACAAACAGGUGACACUGGAGAUCCUGCCCAACCUGCCCUUCAAGAUCAAGUCCUUCCGAAACCAUUACACCAUUGUCACCUCAGCCUUCUUAGACAGAGAGACCAUCUCCUCCUACAACGUAACGGUCAUCGCAGUCGACGGCGGCACACCGGCCCUGUCGUCCCACAUGACCUUCAAAGUGGACGUUGCGGACGUGAACGACAACCCGCCGCGGUUCGAGCAGACGUCCUACACAGUGUACGUGACGGAGAACAACGCCCCGGGGGCCUCGCUGUGCGUCGUGAAGGCAUUGGACGCCGACGCCGGCGAGAACGCCCGCAUCACCUACACGGUCCUCAACGACAACAACCACGGCAUCCCCGUGGCCAGCUACGUCAGCGUGAAGCCCAACACGGGCGAAGCCUACGCCCUGCGAGCAUUCGACUUUGAGAAGCUCAGAGAGUUCCACUUCCAGGUGAAAGCCCAGGAUAACGGCGUGCCACCGCUCAGCCGCGUGGCCACCGUCUAUGUUUACAUCAUGGACCAGAACGACCACAUGCCCAGGAUCGUGCACCCGCCGGCAAACGGCACGCGCACCACGGAGACGCUGAUGAAGAACGCAGAGGCCGGGGUGCUGGUUACCAAGGUGCUGGCGUGGGAUGGAGAUGCGGGCCAAAACGCCUGGCUGGUUUACGCCCUAGAGCAGACCACCGCAGACUUGGACCUGUUCAAAGUACACGAGCACACAGGUGAAAUCCGCACCACUCGCCGUGUCAUCGAGGACAACUCCACCUCCUUCCUCCUGACGGUGCUGGUGAGCGACCACGGCCUGCCACCCCUUUCCUCCACUGCCACCAUCACCGUGGCCGUCAUGGAGCUGCCGCCUAAGCUGACCCCUGACCCUAAGCGCAUCAUCCGGCCACACAGUCCCCUUAUGUUCUCGAACGUCACCCUCUACCUCAUUAUCGCUCUCAGUGCCACCACCUUCGUGUUCCUGGUCACGGUGGUUGUGCUCGCCAUUGUCCGCUGCCAUGCCUACUGCACCCAGCCGGGCUCCUGCUCCCCUUGCUGCGUCUCCCAGAAGAGCAUGCCAGAGGGGGGCACCACAGCCAUGGGAGGUGGGGGUGGAGGAGGUGGAGGGGGUGGAGGAGGAGGAGGAGGAGGAGGAGGUGGAGGCGGUGGAGGCGGAGGAGUACCCAAUAACAAUGUUGCGUUGCGACGGGACCUCAAAGUAGAGCCUCAUUACAUAGAGGUGCGAGGAAACGGGUCGUUGACCAAAACGUACUGCUAUAAGACGUGUCUGACGGCUACCUCCGGGAGCGACACCUUCAUGUUCUACAAUACAGGCCGGCCUCACAGCGGCACCUGGGGCUCUGGAUACGUCACCAGCCAGAGCGGCCAGAGCCAGAUGUUUGUACGGCGACUCAGUAUGCCAGAUGCCACCUCUGCUAUCCAGCCCAAGGCGCCUAAUGCAGACUGGCGAUACUCGGCCUCCUUACGAGCUGGGAUGCAGAGCUCAGUGCACAUGGAGGAGUCCUCGGUGAUGCAGGGAGCCCAGGGGGUUCUGGUCCAGAACUGGCCAACCGUGUCCAGCGCUGCCGAUGGUGAGGGUGGGGAGCUGUCUACCCCUAUGGGAGCCGGUGUGGACAGCAACAGCUGGCACUACCGCUAUGGCCCCGGGGGCCCAGGCGGGCCCCCCCAGCACCUGAAGCCUGGCGAGGUGCCCCCAGAAGCCUUCAUCAUCCCUGGUUCACCCGCCAUCAUUUCCAUUCGACAGAACCAAGGCGGCGAGGACGACAAGAGCGACUUCAUCACAUUCGGAAAGAAGGAGGAGGCCAAGAAGAAGAAGAAGAAGAAGAAGGAGAAGAAGGAGAAGAAAGAUAAGGGGAAGGAUGACGGAGAUGAUUAGAGAGAGAGGAAGAAGAUGAGGUAGAGGUGGCAAUAGCACUGUUAAAACAGAGGUACCAACCAAGACCCACAGAGAAACAAAACAAACGUAAAAUGUGAUUCACAACAUAUUCAGUGUCAUCCUCCCCUUAGUCACAGACAAGCAAAGUGAUGCUGACAGCUACAGCUACCCGUCCAUUUAACAUAGAUUCUGUUGGCCUAAUCUCUGACUGUAUGAAUGAAUCUGGCUUUACCAAGAUUAUUUUAGCGUUAACAUAUUCUCCAGUCCCUUACUGAGGUAAUUGAUUAAUCUUGCCUUGUUGAGAAUAAACGGAUUGAUCUAAAACCCAAAUGGGGAACGUUGGCACCUCUGUCUUACGCCAACCCACCUUGCUGUGUAACCCUAUUCUCUCUGAGAGGAAAAGAAAACCUGAAAACAAGAACAAAUGAAAAGCUUCUGUGCCAGCCUUGGAAAACAAGACGAGAAUAAAAGGAAAAUGUAAAGGAAAAAAAAAUGCUGAAGAUGAAAAGAAAGUGUCCUCUACCAUAAGACACA